GAUACACCCUGUUUUUCAUUCUGUAUGUUCCCACAAACUUGUUUGUGACUUAAUGGGAUUUUGACGUUUUGUCAUUUUCUGUGUAGAUUUUUCUCAACGCGAACAAACCAAAGAGACACUCAGAAUGUUCCGUCUUGCUGCCAGUCAGAUUUCCAACGGAUUACGUAGCUCCAUUGGAGCUACUUGCCGUAUUGGUGCCGUACGUGCUGCUCACGGUCAUGAAAUCCCUGCCGAAGAAUUCGACAAGCGUUAUGAAGAUUACUUCAACCGCUCCGACAUCGAUGGCUGGGAGGUACGCAAGGGCAUGAACGAUUUGUUGGGUAUGGAUUUAGUGCCAGCACCCAAAAUUGUCGAUGCUGGUUUGAAAGCCUGCCGUCGCGUCAACGACAUUGCCUUGGCCAUCAGAUGGUUGGAAGGUGUUAAGGAUAAGUGCGGUGACAAAACCGAUGAAAUCUAUCCUUACAUCAUCAACUCCAUUCGCCCCACCCUCACCGAAUUGGGCGUUCCAACACCCGAAGAAUUGAACUACGAUAAACCAGAAUUGGCCCUUAAAUCUGUGUUCGAUAUGUAAAUUAAAUUUAAAAUGUCAUACUUUGUAUUUAGCAACAACAAAAAGAAGAAAAAUUGAUGAGCUUAAGAGGCGACAAAAAGAAAAUUGUUAUUUAGACAUAAUUAGUUAAAUUAUGUAAAAAAACAAAAACAUCUUGUGAAGACGCCGCAACUAAUAAAAAGUAUUCAUAAGAUAUUUACAAAAAAAAA